AUGACUGCUCAACACCCUGCUUUCAAAGCUUUUGCUGCAAAGAAGGGUGGUGGAGGAAGACAAUUUAAUGGUCUUAUUGAUGUCUACAAGAAGACAUUGGCAACUGAUGGUAUUGCUGGACUUUACCGUGGUUUCAACAUUUCAUGUGUUGGAAUCAUUGUCUAUCGUGGUCUCUACUUUGGAAUGUAUGAUUCCCUGAAGCCAGUUCUCCUAACUGGAUCUCUGCAGGAUAGUUUCUUUGCUAGUUUUGGUCUCGGAUGGCUCAUCACCAACGGUGCAGGUCUAGCAUCUUACCCAAUUGACACCGUCAGAAGAAGAAUGAUGAUGACAUCUGGUGAAGCAGUCAAGUACAAGAGCUCCAUGGAUGCAUUUUCACAAAUCUUCAAGAAUGAGGGUUUCAAGUCCUUGUUCAAGGGAGCUGGUGCUAACAUCCUCCGUGCUGUCGCUGGUGCUGGUGUGCUUGCCGGUUAUGAUAAGUUGCAGGUCAUUAUGCUCGGCAAGAAGUACGGAUCUGGCGGUGCUUAA